GACGGCUGUGAGGAGAAGUUGAAGCUGACGCGCAGGGAUAUUUCAGCGGGACCUCCGCGGACACUUAUCAGGCUCUUCUUUUUUUACUUCUUCUUCUUCUGACCCUGUUUCAUCCAGUUAGUUUUGGACAGUAUUUAAACUCCGCUCGGGAUGAUUGACGACCGGUGAAGAAAAGGACAUUCCCCACUGAUGGCAGUGAUGGAGAACGAGACAUGGACACACCCGUCACAUAUCCCCCAUUAUCUCCUACGUGGUGACCCCUUCGCCUCCAGGCUCUCCAGAGAGGCCGAUAUUGUUGCAGCUUUUUACAUCUGUAUCAUAGGGAUCUUAUCUGCAACAGGGAAUGGCUAUGUCAUUUAUAUGACUGUCAAACGCAAGACCAAGCUGAAGCCCCCUGAGCUCAUGACUGUUAAUCUAGCCAUCUUCGACUUUGGAAUAUCAGUGACAGGAAAGCCUUUUUUCAUCGUGUCUAGUUUCUCCCACCGCUGGUUGUUCGGCUGGGAGGGUUGUCGUUUCUACGGUUGGGCAGGUUUCUUCUUUGGCUGUGGGAGCCUCAUCACCAUGACUGUGGUCAGUCUGGACCGAUAUCUCAAGAUCUGCCAUCUCAGCUAUGGAUCAUGGCUAAAACGGCAUCACGCCUUCCUGUGCCUGGCCUUUGUGUGGGCGUAUGCAGCCUUCUGGGCCACCAUGCCCCUGGUCGGUUGGGGGAACUAUGCGCCGGAGCCCUUUGGGACCUCCUGCACGUUGGACUGGUGGCUCGCACAGGCCUCCGUGUCAGGCCAGACCUUUGUCAUGGCCAUCCUGUUCUUCUGCCUCGUCCUCCCGACAGUAAUCAUCGUCUUCUCAUACGUCAUGAUCAUCUUCAAGGUCAAGUCGUCAGCAAAGGAGAUUUCAAACUUUGACGCUCGCAUCAGGAACAGCCACGAGCUUGAGAUCAAACUCACAAAGGUGGCAAUGCUGAUCUGUGCAGGCUUCUUGAUAGCCUGGAUCCCAUAUGCAGUGGUGUCAGUGGUGUCGGCGUUCGGUGAGCCGGACUCAGUGCCCAUUUCUGUGUCUGUCAUUCCCACGCUGCUGGCCAAGUCCUCAGCCAUGUACAACCCUAUCAUCUACCAGGUCGUGGACAUGAAAAACACCUGUGCAAAAUCCUCCUGUUUUCAGGCCCUGAAGAAAAGCAGGCACUUUAGAAAGUCAAGGUUCUACACCAUCUCUGGAUCCUUGAAGGACUCUCCAGCAGCCAUAGAAACUCAUAUUGAGUUGUGACACUUUAGACUGGCUGACCCCCCCUGUUCCUCCUUCUGGACAGUUGGCCUUGUUUCCUUGCCCUCUGUGCUCUUCACUUCCCUAAUCACACGCUGCCUGUCACCACCUACAACAUCAUUAACCUUUUGUUCUCGUUGCCAGUGGUUCUGCAGUAAUGCUGCUUUGUUUUCCCCGCCCACGCUGUAUCUCUGUGUGCUUCCUCCCUGGAAACACAUCUUUCCCAAGACGGUGUUCCUCAAUCUGUGGGCGUUGCAUUGUCCUAGCAGUGGUUAAAACAUACAUAAGUGAUGUGUUGUGUGAGCUUCUUGAUAUCAUUUAUUCAUUAUUUUGUACACCCAUCUUUCAAUAUUAUACAAAGCACAAAACAUGUAACCGACUAGCUAUAAGCACAGUGAAGUUUUCAUCACACACCCCCGUUACUCAGGUUUUGAAAAGUUGAGUCGUUUCCAACCAAAGUCUGGUCAAGUUGUAUAAAUAUGAAUCUUGAUAACACUGAAAUGGCUCCAGAAGUGUCAAAUAUUUAAUUUAUUUUACACAAUGUUUCUAGAAAACUGAACUGCAAAAUAUAAUGUAAAGAAGAAAAAAAAACAAGCUGAUGUUGAAUCAGGCUGGAGUAGAACUGAGCUCAGAGUUGUAUUUUUGUUAUUUGUACAGGAUGUUGUCUUUUGUACUCCUCAACUGUAAACUGUACAUACAUUUUUAAAAGGCACUGAAGCACAUCAGCAAAUGUUCUCUGCACACACAGGUAGACAUUAUGUGGAGACUGAUGUUGAGACUAAGGCCCCGUGUCCACCAAGUGUUUUUCUCUUUUUUUCAUUUGUUUUCAAUGAGUAGAGAGCAGCCGCCUGGAGAAAGAGAGCAGCGCCCAGCAUCUUUUCUUCAAAGCGCUUCCAAGCCCUUUGGCUGCUCCGAGCGCUCAAGUUGAAAAAUGUAUCUACUGGCUGGAAGGGAGUGGCAUUGAUUACCUGCUGACACACAGGGACUCUCUUGAGAGGUCAGAAAGUUGACCUUUGAAGGGUCAGCUGGAACGAAGAUGUUGAGGCCUGAAGUUAGAAGAAAGAAGAAGCUUGUAGCAUCACUGCUGGCAAACAGGAAUGAAGGUCUAACACUUGUCAAGGUCCCAGGUGGAAGUCCUUUGUUAUAUGAAGUGGUUCAGAUUAACCCGUGUUAAUUCUUGUCUGAAGAAUUGUUGGUGUGUGAUUAUCAUCGCUGGGACACCUGAGCACGCAAAGCGCUUAUGUCGAGUGUGAUUCACAAAGUAUAAAAGCCCUGACACUUGUCCUGCUCGGUAUGGAAAGAAGCUGUCUUUACCUUUACUCUGCAUGAGGCAGCGCUGUCAUGCUGAUACUGCACUAUUUUAAAUAAAAAAAAGGUGAGCCAGGAGGGAAGGGAAACUUUGUCAAGGUUAUACUGAGGCCAGACUGGAUGUGAUUUGAGUCCAACAGAAGUUGUGUCCUGGUCAGAGAACAGUUUGCUAGUGACAUCUCUCUAAAUUCUGCAGCGUAGUUACCAUCUAGUCUCAACAGAAGGUCAUUUUUGAAAAUACAAAUGAAAUACACCAACAACGUAAUACAGAUCUGCAGCUUUUAAUGUAAAAAUCUCAAAAACAUACAUUUCCAAGUUUCCAAGUGUUGUUGAAGUUACCCUUCUACCAACGUAAUGGUAAUUUCCUGCACAUGUAAUAACUAUAACAAUUGGAAGGCUUUCUUUGAAACAAUACAAACAAAACAUAUCUCUGAGUUUAAAACAGACGACUGAAAAUGUAAGACUUGCAAAAGAUUUAUGACUGACAUGAAGUCAACUUGAAUUGAAGUCAGUGAACGCAGGACAGAAUGCGUCUCCCUCUAUCCCGCGUUCAAAGCCCAACACAUGUCUGGUUCUGCUGGAGGUUUCUGCCUCUUGAAAGGACAUUUUUCUCGCCGCUGUAACUUUGCUAAAUGUUGAUAGUGCCGUACUCAUGAUGUAGAUAAUAAAACAAAGAGUACCGUCUAGACUGCCUUUUUGUAAAGUGUCUUGAGAGAACAUUUGUGAUGAGUUGGCACUAUUGAAAUGAAGAUGGAUUGAUUUCCCCUUCUAACAUUUCCCACAGCCCUCCCAACAUUGGAGCAAAAAGUACAAAGUAGAAAAAAGACUAUCAGCCCCUUUAACAGAGGACUCGCUCUGCCCAAUGUUGUGAUAUGUUCUGAUGAGCUGACUCCAACCCAUUGGUAGGUGUUAGUACCUAAACAAACAAUAACCACAAAGAUCAUUUAAAUAUUACAUAUGUGGAAAGUUUUUA